AUGCUGUAUGUCCCGCGGUAAACGUUAUCGCAACUCUGAUGCGUUUCUUGUUACGGCCAAUCAGACAUAACGGAGCUCGCUACUCGAUGCACUUGGCUCGGGUGUUCUCGGCACAGUUCGGCCAAGUCAGCGGCAGUAGAGCCAGUAGCCGAGCUCGCGCGGCACGGAGGGUUACUCGCCUUCCCGCCAGUCCGCCGUCUCGCCUGACAGCCGGCUGCUCGCGUCGGCAGCGCUCGCCGUCACAUCGUAAACAAUAAAAAACUUAACAUUGUCAAUGAAAACCUUAAUAAAUCCUAUCGAUUAAAACUUUACUUCACUACUCGAUUAUAAUCACUCCAAGUACCAGUAAAUCUAGACGGCCGGCCGCAGUGACUUUGGAAAUGUAAUGUCAAGUGUUUUGGUGAUCGAAGUGAAAGGAGUUCUUUCGUAUAAUUGUGAUACUGAAGUGCUGUAUAACUGUGCCGAGCUCGGCCAAUGAUUAUAACCAUAAGUAGAACAGACUUGGAAGCAUGCUCGAUGAUGUACCGGCACGAUAGAAACUCGAUGAAUGUAAUUGAAUGCUGUUUAUCAAUCGAAGUACAUUGCUGCAUUUAAUAGUUUAAGGUUGAUGUUCGUAUGAAUUGAAGCAAUGCCGGCGCUCCGGCUACUGGGGCGCAAAUGGCUAGCCGCCUCGGACGAUCUCGUGUUUCCGAGCAUCUUCGAGCUACUGUGCCGUUUUGUAUGGCUGGUGCUAAUAGCUCUGGUGGUAGAAGUGAUAUUCCCGGUGACAUGGCGAUGCCAGUCGGAAGGCUGGCACGGGGGCGCAUUCGUGCGGCUGUACCUGUGCGGCGCGCUGGUGCUGCAAGCCGUGCUGAUGUUGCUGCUGGCGGCGCUGGCGCACCAGUCCGCUAGGGGCACCAUCACGGAGGUCGACGCCAGGAAGAUGGUUUCUCCGCUCUUGUUGAUGAAAGUGCUGCUGGUGUUGCCGGAGAUAGCCUUGAACGUGAUGGGCACCAUGUGGAUGUUCUGCGACGUCAUAGAGUGCUCGGUCUCCGACAAGUUCUCCAGCGUAGUUAUUCAGAGCAUUGUCCUGUUCAACUGGGUGCAACUCGCGCUGACGGUGUUCGGUCUCUUCAUGGUGUUCGACCCGCUGGGCUCGGUGAACUACGGGGACAUGGUGGACACGCCCAACCAGGUGCGGCACCACCGCAAGGUCACCGGCCUGUGGUCGAGGCGGUUCCGGUGGGCCUUCUGCUGGCUCAAGCGGGAUGAGCACGGGAAGGAAGCCUUUCAGCAGGUUGCAGCUCUCCUCAGCGCUCUAUUCAGAUCAACAGACCUAGUCCCGUCCGACGUGGUAGCGGGCUGCGUCCUGCUCCGAGUGCGCCAGAAGCGAGAGACCCGCGAAAUGCGCCGCAUACAGAUGAUCAACGACGAAGAACCCAUAUACACCACAGAUGUCAACAAAAUCUUCUCCGAGACCCCGCCCUGGAUGAACCUCAAAGAUGCUUUGCAUUACCUCAAACUGUCCAUAGCGGCGUAUGGGUGGCCUUACGUGUUGUAUCGACACUGCUUCACUGGGUUCUGCAAGUUGGCCAGGCACUUGACGUGUUGCUGUUGUCGCCCCAAGAACUCGAUCGUAACGGACGACAACUGCUGUAUGUGUCACUUCGCCGGCGUCAAGUACAUGUCCAAACUGGAGGCCGAUGACAUCAUCUUCGCGUCUUUCAACAAUCACGUCUUUGAGCUCCCGUUCUGCGUGAUAGCUGACCAUGAACGAGAAAGUGUGGUGGUGGCUGUGCGGGGCUCCAUCUCCCUACGGGACAUCUUCACAGACUUCACCGCCGGUUCCGAGCGGUUUGAGGCCGAUGGCUUGCCUGAAGGCACGGCAGCGCACAAGGGCAUGUCGAUGGGAGCCGCCAAGAUGCUGAAGCGGCUGAUGCCGGUGCUGGACCGGGCCUUCCAGCAGUACCCGCAUUACGACCUAGUGCUCACAGGUCAUAGUCUGGGCGCCGGGGUAGCAGUAUUAGUAGCGUUAAAGCUAAGGCCCAGGUAUCCACACCUCAAAGUAUUCGCGUUCUCUACGCCUGCGGGUCUAAUAAGCCGCGAAGCCGCCCGCUACACGGAGAGCUUCGUGCUAACGGUGGGCGUGGGCGAUGACCUGGUGAUGCGGCUCAGCGUGCACAGCAUCGAGAACCUGCGCACCAAGGUCAUACAGACCAUACACGCCACCAAGCUGCCCAAGUACCGAAUAAUGCUAAACGGCUUCGGCUACGCACUAUUCGGCGUGCCCGCCCGAGACCUGGAGUCCACCUGGCGGCGGCCCGAAGACCUGGAGGCGAACCACUCCGACGACUCCGCUGACGCCCUGCUCGUGCCGGGCGUCUCCACCGUGAGUGCUGAGGCGGCGCUAGUGUCACGCAACGUGUUCGUACGCCGGUUCUCCACGGCGCGGCUGUUCACGGCGGGACGCAUCCUGCACAUCGUGCGACGCAAGCGCAUGGGCAUUGAGAACAAUGACGAUGAGGAUGAAAAUGAAAGGAAAGUGCGCACCCAAGAGCCAACGUACGAGAUGCGAUGGGCGUGCCCCGAGGACUUCAUGGAGCUGCAGGUGAUGCCGCGGAUGCUGCUCGACCACCUGCCCGAGAACGUGCACCGCACCAUACAGACCGUGCUGGACGAGCGACACACGUACCGCGUCACGCAACACCUCUAGAUGGCGCUGUUAUCAAUUGUUGAUUUUAAAUCUCAACUGAAAGCAGGAGGGCGGUGUAAUGCUUUGCAUUUACAACGGUAGGAUGCCACGAGGCAGUGCACUGUCUUGUGUGGCUGUAAUGGUGUUUAUCUGUUUUGCUGUGGAUAAGACAACUGUCAUGUUUUGGGAGAGUUAGUGCGAUCGACGCAUGUGUACAUUGUUCUAUCCACAGCUGAUAAAACCCGUCUAGAAUAGGGGCAGAGUGCUCUAAGGGCAACUUAUGCCACAAGGCAGAAUGCUCCCUGGAUAUUAUACUAUAAUGUGUCAAAUCAGAAAAAUGUAACGAGUCUUAUGCAUAAGCCAAGUUAUCGAACAAUUUACUUGCCUAGCCACGCGUUUUUAUUAAGUACACGAAAUGGAAAACUUGAGCACUAGUAGACAACUAAAAUCUCAUUUUGAUAUUAUAUUCAAUAAGAUUAAUUAUUAAUAAUCAGAAUCAUGAUAUAUUAACACGGAAUACUAUAAUGAAUCUCUUUAUACUUGUACAUCUCGUAAGCUCCGCUUCAGAGCCGACUCAUGACACGAUGAAUGCAUUUCGUUCCUAAACCUAGUGAAGUACAUGACUCAGAUAUGAACAAUUUCUACGAGACUUUUGUAUAUAUUUUUUCAGAAUUUAUAUUGACAUACCAGUGUCAAGACGUUUUGUAAUUAAAAGAGUUAGUUUAAGUAAUGUGAGAAGACUGUGAUGAUGUUAGAAUGAAAAUAUUGUUAAAGUGUAGAUAAGUGAAAUGUUACUAUAGUCUGUAUCUUUAGGUAUUUAAAUUUAAAAAAAAACAAAUAAUUUGUACAUUUUCGGGUAGUUAUAACAUAUGUAAUAACAUUGAUUGGUUAACCGACCAAAUACAAAACCGCCUGUCUCUGUCACUGAGCGACCUGACUUUAACCUACAUUAUUUGAUCGUGUAAUGUUUUCAUCUACCCUCAACUGGCUUAACGAGCCAUUUGAGGGUAGAUUUUGUUUACGUUUAUUUUAUUAAAACAAAAGAUACAGAGUAUAGUAGCAUGGAUCGUGUGUAUAUGGUGAGGGUCGGGGCGUGCCCAGGGUGCGCCCCUCAUUUAGGUGCAUUACAUAUCAACGUUCAAAACGUUCUCAUUUCACCGGUCGUUGGUCAUCAAUUUUCGGCAUUUUUUUAAUCACUAACCAAAGACAGAAAUAGAGAGAGUUUGAACCUAGUUUAACGUACUCCACUUUAGUUGUUACUCAUUAUUUUGCUCAAAUAUAAGCAAUUUGUUUGUCAAUGUUCCGUGUCAUUACUCUAAAAGUCUUUGCUUCAAUUCGAAUACACUCUAAUAUUAAGUAAGACUUGCAAAGCUACCACUAAGUACAAUAACUAGAUGAUAGAUAGAGCGUUACCGGAGUCAAUUAAUAUUAUAAACUACAACAUAUUGCUAUGUAGUAGCAUAAUAAGUACAUAGUGCUGACAGUUCAAAAUAUUUUAUUGCCACUCAGUUUAUUCAUCGUUUUUAAUUCAAGUGGGAAAAAAAAUAAUACUAUGUAGCCAUUUUGGUCUAACGGGAUUUGCAAGCUCCGACAAAAUUGUAAGCCGCGACUUAGGGCUGAUUUAGACGGCGCGCGAACUAGCAUACGAUUUUAGUUACAUUGCGGACUGUUGGUUGCGUCCAAUUCAACCGACCGAUCAAAACCCGCAAUGUAAUGAAACUCGUAUGAGUUCUCGCCUCGUCUAAAUGAGCCCUAAAGUCUCGCUAGAGCCAAAUAGGCUACGUAGAUAAUAAUUAACUUUGUUCAAAAUAUAAAUUAUAUUCAAUUAUAUCAAUAAAUUCAUUAGAGUAAUAAUUGUGCACGUGGCCAAAUCAGUGUUUUCAAGUAAACUCACCGUAAAUAUUGUACAACAUCCUUUCAACCAUUCUAUUAGCAUUUCUACAGAAUAAUUUCAACUUCGGGAACAAGAUCUUGAUAUGAAUAAAUUUACCUACCUAACAUAGAGUUUUUAAGCGUUUUACACGUACAUAAAAUAGCAUUUAUUUAAAAUUAUAAUACAUUCCAAUUUGUAUUGAAGUUAGCCCUCAGUCCCUUGCGUUACGUGUCAGGUAUGAUUGAAUACAAAUUGACACGAGAUGCUUCCCUAUCCUUACCUUUACUUUACUCCUUCUAUACCGAUAUUAAUACCUGCCAGCCGGGCUAGCACAUGAUUAGCGCCCGAUAGACUACCCGUCCCUCUUUAAUUAACAUAGAAAAAGACGGGUAGGUAGUCUAUCUCGCUGCGAGAUACUGUCGCGCCAAUCAUGUGCUAUAUAUAGGGCUACAGCCUUGCUAAAGGACCUCUUGGCCUUGUCAUCGUAAUAAUCAGCCCGUGUCAAUCUGACUUAGGCCUCUUCGAGGGACGCCACUGAGUUAAAUUUUCAUCUCUCCUCCUCCAAUGUCCUCUGCAUUACAAAUAUCAUUAGUCCACCAGUAGGCCUAGCACAGGUACGGCGCGACAGUAUCUCGCCCGCGAGAUAAACUAACCGUUUUUUGUUUUUGUUUUUCUAAAUGUUUUAAUUAGAUAGGAACGGUAGUCUAUCUCGCGGGCAAGAUACUGUCGUGACGCUCCUGUGUUAAGCCUACAGCGCAGCGCCGCACAAAGUCAAACAAUCAAAGAUGGAAUUGUAGGUACUAUAAAUGUGGCAGCUCCAUUUAUAAAAUGGCGCUCAGUUCUCAAUCAUAUAUACCUAACAGCAUACACAAGCGUUUCACGACGCAUUUUUAGUUUAGCUGUUAUACCAAGAAAGGCGGUAAUUAUAAUUAUAACGCAAAUUACUUAACCAAAAAAAAUCUAGGACCAGAAUUUCCUUGCCAGCUCCCGAGCAAUUUUAUAUAAUUGUAUAAUCACAGAAUAUAACAUAUUAUGAUGACAUUUUGACAGUAUGAGAGUUUUUGCCAUUCUUCAGUGUAUAAUGUAAAUAGUAUUAAAUCAAUUCAUGAACAACGCCUAAAUUUACAACUACUCUACUUAUGAACUUGGUUUUUAAUGUAGGUACUUUUGUCAUUAUAUUUACGGGGAUUUAUGUAUUAUUUUUUGUAUACCUAGUUAUAUUGCCAGACGUUGAGUAUCACGCAGGAGUAAAGAAACGAAAUUAGUGUUAGCUUUACAUACCUACAAGGGUUGUGAGUGUACACCACUAUAUAGUGCGUGGUAUUAUUAUUAUUAGGGUGUUAAGGCCUUUGAGUGUCACCAAGUUGUGAUCUAUUGUGACGGCCCUUUCCUUUGAGUGUCACCAAGUUGUGACUAUAGUGACGGUCGUUUUGAUUAGGUCGUUGUGUUCUCAUGUAUGGGGAAGACAAACAAAUUAUAGCCAGCAUUCAAUGAAUGUAGUAUGAUACCUUUGGGUAUGGUGCUUUAAGCACACUAGUGUCCCAUGUCCUCCCCCUGACGCAACCCUCCCUUUUAGCAUGAAAUAUGUCCCGGGUGACGGUUUUCAUGCUAAAAGGAUUAUUGGUGUUGUCCUAUCAAGACAGGUAUUAAAUAUCGUCACAAAGUGCCAAAAAUGUGUAUACACGACCUUAUACCUAAAUUAAGGUAGAGUGUACAAAUUUUGUGCGAUUAUUUAAUACCUUGACUGUACAGAAUUGAAAUGAUAUUUCACACCAUGCACGAGCUAAAGCACGGAAUAAUAUUGAAAAAUAUAGACCACAGAUAUUUUUGUAACUAUCAAGAGUUUUUAUGUUACGUAAAAAUGUCUCGAGCAAAACAUAUUGUUUAAACUGCAAUCAAUUUACUCUAUCGGUUGCACCAAACCAUCUGUCACCGUUAGAGCGUCCGCUAAAUUUAAUUGUAUGGGACGUAUUAGAUUUCUCCGUUGAGUGACGUUGAUCAGUCUGUUAAGUGUGGUUGGUGCAACAGACCCUCGGCCCGGCCACAUCCCGCGACGGCGUCAGCGGCAGGCGGCAACCAUAGGUUACAGCGAGAUACAGCGAUCAGACCUUUUGUUCCCACCUAUACUUGCCGCCACCGCCGCCGCCGGUCUGCAAAGUCGUGGCCGGGCCGUAAAUCUGAAUAUUAGUAUUGUGCGUUUUAUCUUGCCGCUCGUGAUGGUAACUCCGUCGGUAUCGUCUUGGGUCGUCCCAUUCGUUUUUCGUCAAGUUCUUAAAUUAGUCCUAUUCUGCUACAUUCGUCACAAUCGUCGGUGGCUUUCAAUGUAGAAUGCGUAAGGAAAGCAGAAUAGGACUAAUUUAAGAACUUGACGAAAAACGAAUGGGACGACCCAAGACGAUACCACUCCGUCGCGUUUCUUUACUCCUACUGUCGAUAGGUUGUUUCUUUUUUUUUACACAGGUACUGGUCGUUGUUGAAGUAUUCGAAGGACUGAGGUUCUUUUCUUUUGUACCCUAAAUUAGGGCUCUAUAAUCUCUCACUUAAUGUAGCUCUAGGAUAGCCAAUGUCUUGUGUUGGGUUUGUGUUAAUUUAUAUUAAAAUAUAUUUUAAGUAAA